UUUUUCAAGAAUCUUAUGGUGGUACCUGCUUACCCAUCUCUUCACCUGAAAACCAUGAGCCUAAGAUGCAGAGAAGCUGUCACCAGCAGCAGCAGUGGGGAUGCAGCUGUGAAUCUGUGCAGUGAUGCUAUUUCACAAUGAGAUAUCAAUGAAAUCUCACCUCUGAUCGGUUGCUGUCCCUCUCUGCCGUUCUGCAUUAUUUGCAGAGAGCUAUUGACUGACAUUUCCCAGUGUGAAUUUCUGUCGGUGGAUUGAAUUAUAUGCUUUGGAGACAGACGCUUGCAUGCAAAAAGGGGACCUUUGAUGAAGAUGGAUAUGUAAAGCUGAUUGAAAGCCGGUAGUGUUGUUGAUUAAACUGUGUAGUCUGCAGACCGAGUUAUCAAUACAGUCUGCUCACCCAGGGCCCCCAUGAGCAGAGGAGCCACCCUCCAGCGCAGGACCACCUACCAUAUCUCCUUGACCCUGGUCAAACUUGAGGCUGUGGGAGAGGAAAAGAAUGGAGAAAGCACUGAGGUAUAUAGAAGGCAUGACACCCCCUCACUCGGCAGUACCCCAGGGCUGGCCCACUGCCUCUCACUGGAUAGGGAGUUCCCAGAUGUCUGGGCGUGGGGAGGGCCCUCUCCUGGUACCGGGGUGAAGGAUACGUCCGACUCUGGAGCUAGUACAUUGGGUAACAAAGCAAAUGCAGACAUAACAGCGGGAACCACUGGGACCCAAGGGAACAGCAAUGUACCAGCCUCAGUAUCCACCAAGAAACAUGAACCCGAAACAGGAACACAUUUCACCUACUGUAAGGAGACUGAAGCAUCCAGUACUGUAGCUCCUGUUCUAAGAAGUAAGGAAAAAGAUGUAUGCAUUACUGCCAACCUAACACCAGUUACUACAGACACUGGAUCAUCUGGCACUGGAACUUUGGGUGAGAAGCAAAUCCGGACACCAAGCACUGUUGCCCAAGUAACAUCAGUGGUUAAUACCAGUAAAACCAGCACAGCAGCCCCAGUACCACGAAUAAAGGAAUCUAGGACAUCCAAAACUCCAGCCCCAGUGCCACCAGUGAGAGAUGCUAGAACAUCCAUCACCACAGUCCCAGUACCAAUUGGAAGGGGCACAGGGGAAAGUAAACCUGCAGCUCCAGCACUUGAUGUAAAGAGCAGAGGGACACUGGACACAACACCAUCUGUACAGGAAGUGAAGGAGAAUGUAAAAUCCAGCACUACAUCUCAGGUGUCUGGAGCAGGAUAUAUUGUGACAUCAAGCAUUUCACCCACAGCAUCAGGACUUAGAGACACUGUGGCUUUCAACACUGCUAUUGAUCAAUCUGGUAUAAAGGAAAGUCUGAAAUCUGGCACAGCACCUUUGAAAUCAGAUGCAAUUGACAAAGUAACCUCGACUAUAGCCCUGGAAUCUGGAGUAAGGGACACUGUGACCUGUGCCACUGCAGGUCAGGGCAUAGUGACCUCCAGCGUUACAUCCCAGGUAUCUGAAGUGAGCGGUACUGCCAACAUUGCUGACCGUGCGCAAGUUAUACUGGACAAAGAGAAAUCCAGCUUUGUAUCGGCAACAAAUGACAAUUCCAGCACUACUGCUGCAGCAGUAAGAGCAAAGGACUCUUGGACGUCAAGCACUUCAGUCCCAAGAGAGGCCAGAACAUCCAGUACUGCAACCUCAGUACCAAUGGGUCAAAGAGAUUUUCCAUUUGGAGGAGCUAGAGUGAUUCGAGGGUCCCUCAUAAGGAGACCAGCCUUGGAUUCAGAUGUAUCCAGAGAUUUUGUCAGUGGCCUUGGAGUACCAGUGCAAGGUGCACGGAUCAAAAAAGGUUUCAGCACAGAUACACCAGUCACUGAAACUAAGGUGGUUCUGCAGAGUUUCAAAGCUUUAAAGAUACCAGCAUCAUCCACCGAAACUUCUCGGACUUCAGGGCCCCCUGUGCUACCAGAUAAACCAAGCAUUGGGACCGAAUCUUUAGAGAAACCCUGUACGCCUGUGACCAGUGUGCCUCGUGUCACUGCUCCCCCCAUCAGUGCUGCGCGUACUGCUGCCGCUCUUUUCAAUGCAUCUCGGUCUGGAGGAGGGCCUCUAAUAGCUGCCAAACCAAGUGAGGCCAAGAUCAAUGCAGCACGCAAUGCAGCCAGGGGAGUAAGAGCAGCGUCCGCAGGGGUGUCUGCCAUCGACUCAUCAGGCAGCAAAGUGCCAAAUUCUGGGUUGGUGGGUGAAAGAGCACAUACUGUAGAUACUGGUACAUAUCCUGGUGCAAAAGCCAAUGUCCCUGGACACAAGACAUUCGGGGCUACACAAACCACAGGAAUAAAAACAUCAAUCACUGCUCCCAGACCUUUAAGCUCUUCUGGUGAGAAUGUCCCAGCCAUUCCCACAAGGAUUAAAACUUCAACGGCAGCAAAAAUGCCAGUGACUGGUACUGGGACAUAUCCUGGGGCCAAAGCUCCAGUUAUGGGGAUAACUAAAUCCCCAGGGAGUAAAGCAGAUGGAGUAGGACUUGAGCUGCCUCUUACAGAGAAACAGCCAAGUAUAGUACAUGCUCCAGUAGAGCUACCUCCUGUCCCCUCAGCCAUGUUAGCAUUACCACUCACCUCAGGAGCCCCAGCUUCUUUCCCCAGAGAAGAGGAAGACCUCACCCCAGACAGUGAGGAUGCAGCUAAGAGCAAAAGACAGGAGCGGCUCUUCCAGCGCCAGGAUGCUAUGUGGAUAAGCACCAGUGUCACCUCAGACUAUUUCCUGCAGACCUCCCCUGGUAGGCCCAGCGGAAGCCCUCGGCAACAGUCGAGCCCUACUUUCUUCUCUGGGCCCCGUUAUUCCUUCAGCUCCCCCGCUAGCCCACUGCUUCCUGCACCUGGCACUCCGUACCGAGAAGCCCCAGCAUUUGUGUCCUUAGCAGUAAAUCCCGACCCAGCAGGGAUAGAACCCAAGGCCAAAGUGCCUCCUUCUUGUGGUUUAGAAACUUCAGUGCUUUCUGGUUCCUCAGGGGCUCCGGAUCUUGGGAAGCCACCAUCUGUUUUGCUCACACCAUGUAAAGAGAAAGGCAACAGGAUUCUCAAGCUCAGCAAGGCCUCCAAGAGCCAAGUGGAGAAAUCUACAGAACCACAGGAAAAAAACCAGAAGGGUAGUUCCAACCGCCUGUCAUGGCCAGAAAAUGAGGGAGUCAAAAGCCGCUCCAAGUCUUCAACCAAGAGCAGCCCUAGGGCAGAAACCCCCAAACUAUCUGGGACAAGCAAGAACCUGCUCUCGCCCUCGUCCUGCGAUCCCAAGGGCUUUAGGAAGAACAAAAGCAAGACUGUGGACAACAGUGACCUAGACCCUCAACUAGAAGAGGUCAAGAAGGGCCGUGAAGGAAGCUCCCCAUCCGGGGAUAAGUCCAGAUCCUCAGCUGCUAGGGAUAGAAAGAUGCUCAAGUUCAUCAGUGGGAUCUUUGCCAAAAACACAGCCUCUGUGGCCACCUCUGUGUCCCCAAGUGUACUGAGCCCUGGAGAUGAGAGAGAUACUUUGCACAAAUGUGUGAUGAACAGCCAGGAAUGGACGCUAAGUCGCUCUAUACCUGAAAUAAGAGUGGGAGUUGUGGGGAACGUUAAAAGUGCAAAGUCGGCCCUUGUGCAUCGGUUCAUCACAGGUUCCUACCAGGCCCUAGAAGCACCUGAAAGUGCUCAGUUUAAGAAAGAGAUCAGUGUGGAAGGGCAGGGCUAUCUCCUGUUGAUCCGUGAAGAAGCAGGGGCUCCAGAUGCCAAGUUCGCAAACUGGGUGGAUGCCGUCAUCUUUGUGUUCAGCCUGGAGAAUGAGGCAAGCUUUCAAGAUAUAUUUCAGUACUAUGCUCUCUUGGCCAACUAUCGCAGUGUCUGUGACAUUGCUGUGGCACUGGUGGGAACUCAGGAUAAAAUUAGCGCUAAUAACAAAAGGGUGGUAGAAGAUGUUCGGGCUAGAGGUCUAUGCAAUGACAUGAAGCGAUGUAUGUACUAUGAAACCUGCGCAACCUAUGGACUCAACGUGGACCGUGUGUUUAAUGAAGUUGCUCAGAAGACCAUUGCUCUGAAAAGGCAGCAGCAGCUACUGUCCUGCAAAUCAUUGCCGAGCUCCCCCAGCCAUUCUGCAGGCUCCACUCCAAUAUCAGUACAGGCCAGCAAUGGAGGACCAGCGGGUGACUAUUCAUCUUCUCUACCGUCCACCCCGAACAUAAGUCACAGAGAGCUCCGGAGUGAAGUGUCUAUAGGCGUUAGCACUCCUGGCUCCCUUCACCGUAGUGUUAAGCGUCGCACAAGCCUUUUUACAAACCGCAGGGGAAGUGACAUGGAGAAGAGAAGCUUUGAUGGUCGAGGGGAGCACAUUACCAGUGGCCGAGCUCUGCCAAUUAAACAGAGCUUUCUUUUGAAACGUAGCGGCAACUCUCUGAAUAAGGAGUGGAAAAAGAAGUAUGUUACCCUGACAAGCAAUGGAGUACUGCUCUACCACCCCAGCAUUAAUGAUUACCUACACAGUACACAUGGAAAGGAGAUGGAUCUCUUGAGAACCACAGUGAAGGUCCCAGGUAAAAGACCACCCAGAGCUAUCUCAGCCUGUGGGCCAUCAGCCAGCAUUAAUGGUCUUCUGAAAGAUGUGAGCCCCUCAGUAGCAGAUACAACAGUUACCAAGACGCCAACGACAAAAAGCAAUUCCACAGGGGAUGUGAUAUCUAGUCCUUCCAGUAACAAGGAGCCUCCGCCUUCCCCAAUGAGCGACAAAAAGAAAAACAGGAAAAAGAAAAACAUGACUCCUUCCAAAACAGAAGGUUCAACAGGACAGGCAGAUGCCAAACGCAAAAUGUGGAAGCUAAAAACAUUUGGUAGUUUAAGAAAUAUUUAUAAAACAGAGGAGAACUUUGAAUUCAUCAUUGUCUCCAGUACCGGUCAAACAUGGCAUUUUGAGACAAGUAGUUUUGAAGAAAGAGACUCUUGGGUACAGGCCAUUGAAAGCCAGAUCCUUGCCAGUUUGCAGUGCUGUGAAAGCAGUAAAAACAAGGCACGUAUGGACAGCCAAAGUGAAGCUGUAGCUAUCCAAGCCAUUCGAAAUGCUAGAGGGAAUGCCUUCUGUGUGGACUGUGGUGCACCAAACCCAACUUGGGCCAGUUUGAACCUGGGUGCCCUGAUCUGCAUUGAGUGCUCAGGAAUCCACAGGAACCUUGGUACACAUUUAUCCCGGGUCCGCUCGCUUGACCUAGAUGACUGGCCUCUGGAGCUGACACUUGUGCUGACAUCUAUCGGCAAUGAAAUGGCCAACAGCAUCUGGGAGAUGACAACACAAGGAAGGACCAAACCGCACCCUGAUGCCUCCAGAGAAGAGAGAGAAUCGUGGAUCAGAGCAAAGUAUGAACAGCGAUUAUUUUUGGCUCCUUUAAAGAGCCCCGGUGUCACCUUGGCUAAGCAACUCUUCAGAGCAGUGCAAGAGAAAAACCUCUACAAUGUACUGCUACUCCUGGCUCACAGCAAUAAGGAGCAGAUCAAUGGAAACACUGGCGACAGGGACCGACGCACAGCCCUUCAUGUGGCCUGUGAGCUCCCUCAUGUGGUGAUCACGCAACUACUGGUGUGGUAUGGGAUUGAUGUCAAAUCUAGGGACAGCAACGGCCACACAGCCCUAUUUUAUGCCAAGAAAGUUGGAAGCCAAGAGUGUGUGGAAAUCCUACUGCAACAUGGCUGCCCCAAUGAAGCUUCGAGUGCUUUCGCCACUCCCAUCCUGAGAAGAAAAAGCAGCUCGGCCAGCAUUCCAAGAACUGAUUCUCGAACUGCCCUUGUAUAGCCAAUCAUGUCAGUAUCAAUGACAAUAUGGCUGGAAUCAAAUGACUAUGUUCCCAGUGACAGGCUUGUCCAGUUACUCUCCUGUGCCAACAUGUGAUUGUCUUUGUGAUGGAUAAGCAGAAGUUAAAAAGUGUAUAUACAGAUAAAAUGUGUAUAUUUUGGAAGAAAAAAAAGAAUAGCUAGCCAUUUUAAAGAUCUUCACCCAUUUCAAGUUUUUUUCCAACCUUUUUUGUCGCAAUUAUCCAGUGUGAUAGUAUCUAAUGCCUUAACCCUUUUGUUAGUGAAGGAACGUUUUGAACCUUACAAUUCUUGUUUACAACAGGCUAAAUUCAUCUCAUCUUUGUGCAGUGUGCUACUUUUCUAGAACAAGUUUCAGUGACUAAGGUAGAGAUUUGUGUUUUUGUUAUCUGACUCGAAAAAUGUAUGAAAUGGGUCAACCAGAGAAGAGAGGGUCGUAUUCUUGGAUUUAAGUUAUAUUAACACCUUAUUUUCGAUCAGUUUACUGAUCAGUGAAUGAGUCAAUUUUAAUAUUAGGUUUACAAAAAAUGCUUUUUCUGUCAAUUGAUUCAAAUCAGUUUUUCAGAGUGCCCAGCUCUUAUGAAGAAGUGUUGGCCAUUGAGGGAGUAUAAUGCUACCUCUUAUCUCUACCCCACACUUGGUGACAUGGUUAAUAACAGGCGUUUUUCACUGACACAUCUAACCGGAAUUGUUAUGGAGCAGAAU